AUGGAAAUGGAGAUGAGAUGCAAAGAAGAUAUAGACAUAAGCACAGACAUAACACCACGGCUCACCCCACUCUCUUUCUCUCUCCACAACACCAAUCUCCACACUCACUGCUCCUCAUGUUUCUCUCUCAUCACAACUCCCAUCAUUCCCAAUCCCAUUCCUCCACUCUACUGCUCUCCUCACUGCACCACCUCCCAUUCCUCCAUUCACCUCUCCUCCGCCGAACACCACAUCUCUCCCUCCACCACCUCCUCCCUCCUCCGCACCGCCCUCCGCCUCCUCCUCUUACCCCACCGCACUCCCCACUCCACUCGCCUCAACCAUUUACUCACCAACCGUCAUUUGCUCACGUCUCACAACGACGAACUCUCCGAAACUAUCCGUAUCAACGCCCUUGCAAUGGCCACCGCAAUAGCAAAGCAAAGAAGUGGCAACGGCUUGAUAGAAUCAUACGACGACGCCGUUUUGGAGGAAGCUACUGAUGCUCUCUGUGCGGUGCUAACGAACGCGGUGGAGGUGCACGAUAGCGAAGGACGCGCGUUAGGGAUUGCGGUUUUUGAACAUGCUUUCUCUUGGAUUAAUCAUAGUUGUUCCCCCAAUGCAUGCUACCGUUUCUCUUUCGAUUCUUCUUCUUUGCUUUCUCAGGAGGAAUCGAAACUUCGCAUAGCUCCCUUCACUCAUAAUUCUCAACAACCAAAAAUAGAUUGUGGGAUUUUUGGUAGCAGUGGUGAGUUUGCCCAAGAAAAAGGGCAGAUGAUUUGUGGUCCAAGAUUGAUUGUGAGAAGCAUCAAGAGAAUUAAAAAGGGGGCAGAGGUUACUGUAGCAUAUACUGACCUCUUGCAGCCGAAGGCAUUGAGACAAUCAGAACUAUGGUCAAAGUAUCGGUUUAGUUGUUGCUGCAAACGAUGUAGUUUUCUGCCCUUCGCAUAUGUGGAUCAUGCCUUGCAAGAAAUAUCUGUUUUCUGUCGAGAUUCAUCUGGUCUGCAUUCCGAUUACAAGCUCUUCAGAGACAUGGCAGAUAGAAGAUUGACUGAUUCGAUUGAAGAUGUUAUAUCAGAGUACCUUUCAGUCGGUAAUUCUGUGUCUUGUUGUGAGAAGCUUGAGAAGAUUCUUAUUCAAGGUCUGGACGAGCAGCUAGAAACAAAUGAAAGAAAAUCACAUUCUAAAUUCACACUGCAUCCCCUUCAUCACCUCUCUCUAAAUUCCUAUACAACACUAACUUCAGCAUAUAAAGUCCGCGCUAGUGAUUUAUUAUCGGAUGAUUCUGAAAUAGAUCUCAACCAAACGGAAGCUUUUGAUAUGAGCAGGACUAGUGCCGCAUAUUUUUUGUUACUGGCAGGUGGAGUUCACCAUCUCUUCAAUUCUGAAUCAUCACUUAUUGCAUCAGUUGCUAAUUUUUGGUUAGGAGCUGGAGAAUCUUUGUUAAAACUUACAACAAGUUCAGGAUGGAGUAGGUUUGUUAAUUUUGACGCAAAAUUUGAAUGCUCUAAGUGUUCAUUAUUGAAGAGAUUUAGAGCCUGUAUGUUAAAUGGUCAAAUCAAAAGUGAAGAUUUCGAGAAUGUAUCCAAUGAGUUUAUUCGUUGUGUCUCAGAUAUUACUCAUGAAGUUUGGAGUUUCCUUGCCCAUGGUUGCGAUUUUCUGAAAUCGUGUAAAGAUCCUAUUAAUUUCAGUUGGCUAAUGUCUACCAAAAAUUCAGUGGAUGUUGCAGCUCAUGAUAUCGAAAAUGACACGCAUGAGUCUGUGAAUAGCAUUGGUGAUCGCAAUGAACAAGCUUACAAUGAUCAGACAGUAGCAUAUAUUUUUCAGCUUGGUGGACACUGCUUAACAUAUGGGGGAUUAUUGGCUUGUAUAUGUUAUGGUCCCAAUUCCCAGUUGGUGUCUCAUGUACAAAAUAUUCUAGAUCAUGAAAAUUAUUCAUUAUAUUCACAUAAUGUUUGA